UUCCCCUUAAUCUCCAAUCUUCACUUCACUUAUGCUUUCUUACACCAUAUUGGAACUCUAAAGAGUUUUCUUUUCCGCUACAAACGCCUUUCAACCGUUUCAGAAUCGAAAGGUAAUUUCAAUAUCUGAGACAACCCAAUUCACUUGUUUGACAUUUUACGUUUGUUAGACCUCGAAAGCUCAAUUUUUUAUCAUCAAAUUUUAGUGGGGUUAGGUUCAUUAUGUUGUUACAUGAUUCAUGUGAGUCAAGCUUGCUUCUUUGUCUACCUGAAGAUGUACUUGCCAUGUUGUCACGGUUCCUCUUGCCCAGAGAUGUGUGCAAUCUCAGUCUCUGCUGCAGGAGUCUAUAUGCUCUUGCAGCCUCUGAAAAAGUGUGGCUCACUCAAUGUGACAUGGUGGGCAUGGUGCCCCUCAAAGACCUUGUUGAGUGGCGUGAGGGUGUGUCAUCUUACAAGGCACUUUGUCGUUUCCUUCUCAGUGUUCGACCAUUGCUUGGAAUAUGGGUUUAUCAGAAUCCUGAGCUUGGUAACCUUGUCUAUGUUAUCCCCGGUUUUGUUUCGGUUAUUGGGUGCAGGAUAAUUCCUCAGGAGCUUGGUCCACUAGGGAUUCAAGAUGGUUCUAUCCUAUGGGCACCUGUAUUUGAAGUUAUUGGUGAUUUUGAUGGUUCAACUACUUUUUUUCUCCAUGGAAGGGAAGAUGGAGUAGACUAUGUUUAUCAUGGCUCAGUCAAGUCCGUAGAUAAAUCUUGCAAUGUUCUAUUGCUUGAGGUUGAACCCAGCGAACAAGAUUGUGGUAGUACUUUGUUGCAGAAUAGGAGCUUUGUACCCCCUCACUCUGAUGUGGAGUUGUCAAGAAAGGUUUGUAGGUCAAACAGUGAACAUUCUAGGUUACAAGGGGUUGUUGGAAAUAAUGAGGGAAUGGUUCCCUUCAGCAAGUUGGCUUUUAGUGAUAGAAGGAAGUUACUUGAGGUCACUACUAGCCAAGUUCGACAAGAGGAUCCUACUAUGGGAAUUGGACCAUUGUUUCCUAGAUUAAGGGAUGGUUAUGACGGCUAUCAGAAAGAUUUGGUGCUCUUAAGGGAAAGAAGGGCCCUUCUUAGUCAAAUGUAUAAGCUUGGUAGUAGUCAGAUUGACAAGAAGGAAAAUUCUCAAGAGGCAAUUGGUCCUAUGCAAUUAAAACUGGAUGACAUGAGAAAGAGUUUUGACUGUUCAAUGGCUUUCUCUGAUUCUUCACACAAAGAGGAUGGGCGCACACAACACAUCAAGAGAAAAAGCUUUGGUGGAUAUUUCUGGGGUAGCUUUAAACAGAUUAUUGGAAGAUCUAGAUCAAUUAAUGACAAUCAUGCUAUUUUCAAGAAGCUUACUUCAAGCCCUGAGACAAAGCAUGCGCGGCUUGAAGAUUUUCUUGGAUCAAGUGACAAAACAAGGCUAACAUUAAAGGCUUCAACUGCAAAAUUAUCUUCGUAUCGAGCAUGGCCAAAUAUGCAUGACAGUUGGUUUGCACUUUACAAGAUGCCCUUGCGAGUUCCGAGAGAGGACCAAGUUUAUGCUGGUUUAUGGGGAGGAACUUUUGGUUGGCCUCCUGGAAAACCUUCUGAAGACAAACCUGGAAAGGCUCUAUUCUUUCUUCUACUCUCUUAUGAGGAGUCUGAGGGACAACAGCUUCUUAUUGCAACAAAAAUAUUGGAAGGCACUCAAUAUGUCUUGCAUCCUAAUGGUUCAGCGAUGUUUAUAGUGAAUAUCAAUGAGCCUUCAUCUGAACCCUUUCCCUUGGACACUGAUAUGGACUCCUUUUCUUUGAAUAUCAAGCAUGCUUUUAGAGCAGAGGGUAUUGCAAAUGGUUAUGGGUUCAGAUACCCUGGAUCAAAGCCUGGUUCCCUCUUUGUAUUUCAAAAUGGUGUCCUUGCCUUCAUUUGGAAGGAGUCAAGGGCUGUUUUGACCUUGCAAAGACUUAACUUGCAAGAACUUUUGAAGAAAGGAGAAAGGGUACCUUCACUGCCUCCUAUCAAUAACUUUUCAUAUUUGACAAAGUCCUACUCAAAUGUGUUUACAGGAUUUCCUGGCACUUCCAUUCUUUAGUCUUCAGUCUUCAUCAAGGUGAAGACAACACCAGUAUAUUAGUGGGUUUGGGACUCCAUGGUUUUUGUUCCCCGUUUCCCCAUAUUAUUAUUAUAAACAAAAAGUUUAUGAGCUUGUUGGCCGCUGUUGUUAGUUGCUGGAGUUGCAAUUUCUGUUGUCACAGCGUACACUUCUUGCCGUUGGGUUUCAUGUUGCUGCUUUCUUAAGAUCAAAGAUGGAGGAGGUAUUCUUUGUCUUAGAAUGUAUAAUGAUUCUUAUUAUUAUUAUUUUUUCCGGUUGUUUUGUUGUGAAGUAUAGCUUCCCUGCUAUAGUUGUAUCACUCUGUUUGUUGUUACACAAAUGGUAAAAGCUAAACAUAAAAAAUACUAAUGAAGUUUG